AUGGCAAUCUUCGACGAACUCCCAUUGGAACUACAAGAGUCUAUAUGGAAACUUGUUAUUCCAAGUCACGGCGGUAUCCACUGGAUUGAUGUAGAAGGAUUCCCUCGUUCUACAGCAGCUAUUCUCAGAACCCUCGCUAGAGUCAAACACCAUUUUGACGACAAGGAGCGGGAUAGUAUAAGCAUCCGGGGCCCUUCCCCAGUAGUUGUUGAUGACUGGGAAUAUUGGUGCUACGUCCGUGACAAAGUCGAAAGAGGCGAUCCUUCUACGCCAUUUUUCGAUCAUUUGUAUCCAAUUGUGCCCUCCGUCUGGGGGCGAGCUGGACCAGGACCAAAAGAGUUGGAUAUUAUCCAAGACUUCUCGGAUGAAGUGGCUGCUGUAGGUCGCUGUCGACAACUAUCAACGUACACCCAGAUUAGCAGUCUACUUUCGACAUGUAAAUCUUCACGAUGGACUGCUUUUCGCUGGCUGGAAAGAGAAAUCCCAGGAGAGCAGUGGAGGCUCUUCCGGGGCGAGGGACUUAUGUGUAGACCGCGUCAUUUAAGCGUUUGGAAAGAACAAUAUCAGACCUCAGAACCGCCGGAAAAGCAAAUGGAAGCCGAGGAGCUAGUUCCUGGCUCAUUCGAUGACACAGAUCUUGUUAUUCUGAGGCUACAUACUACUUCCGGGCAUCUCACAACAACAAUGAAACACAGCUUCUUCCAGCUUAAUACAGAGGAUGUGGUGAAGCAGCCUUCAAUGAUUCCAAACUUUAAACGGGCCGGAAUCGAAUGGAAUCCAGUGUGGGCAACCGAGGGUGGUGUUGAUAUUUGCAACAUAAGCGCUUUCGAGUCUGCCAAUCGGUUAACUGCUAUGUAUGGAGCUGAACAUUUUUACUGGCUCAUCGAUGGAAUUCCACGGCCACAAUGGGAGCAGUAUCCUUCGUGCAUACCGGCCGCGUACAGCUUUUUGAUAGAUACAUCGGAUCUAAAGUAUGAUGAUUACAAUACAGUGAACCGGCUAAAGCCAGGUGAGCUAAUCAGGGCUCCUGGGCAACACGACCUGUAUCAUGAUCUCGAAGCUAAUGGUCGACGAUACUAUAUUGUGUUUAUGUUUACUAACCACGGCAAAUUUGACUCUGUGGAUGGUUACGAUGCAGAAAUUAAGGGUACAUUUCUACAAACAAACUUUCCCGACCCAAGAGUUUGCUGGGCGGACUUGUUCCCCGGCGGAAAAGACUUGUGGCCAAAGGCUCUUCAUGACCCUGUAGAAUUUGCUGAUAAACAUUAUUUAUCUGUUGCUGCAGGCCGUUCUGGUACAUAUUUUCUGUCGUGGGAGCCUAUUUGA